AUGGCUUCAUCAUCUGGAACUAAAAAGGUGAAAGGGCCUGAAAAGGUUUAUGUAAGGGACGAGGACUCUGAUGAUGAUCUCAUAGAUUUCUCUUUCCUGGAUUUUGCACCAGAGACCUUUAAACCAACCUCAAACCUGUCUGAUGACCCAUUCCUUAACAUAUUAUGUGAUGAAAAUAUGCUAAGGAGGACUCUUGAUGGAAUGGGAGAUGAUGAUCAGGAAGCUGGUGUUAAGGAUCCAGAACAUGAUCAUAUUGAUGAUCAAAAUGACGGUGAAGUAGGUGUAGAGUACAGGGUUCAUGAUCCAGACAUACAUUGGAAACAAAUGAAGCUUGUAGUGGGAGAGUGUUAUGAGUCCCCUUCUCAACUCAGGUUUUAUCAUCAAGCUGCUACAGUUUCUCAAUGGAAAGGUGACUAUGGCCCAAACACCUUAGAGAAGAUUAAGGAGUUUGGAAAGCAUAUGAGGUUCUGGAUAGUAAUACCAAGUGGAGGGGCAUUAUUUGAGACAAGGCAUGGAUAUUCAGCUUACAAGGACAAGUUCAUAGAGAUAUACAGGGACAACAUCUUACCUGUUAAUGGAAGUAAUAUGUGGCCCUAUACUGAAUAUUUGAAGCCCUUACCACCCCUUGUUAGGAGAAUGCCUGGAAGGCCAAAAACAAAGAGAAGAAGACAUGCCUCAGAAUGUCAGGAUUCUAAGUUCCCAACUCAAAAGGCAAAGGUUAGCAGGACUGUUAGGUGUGGGAAAUGUAGGGAACUUGGUCAUAAUAAGUUGUCUUGUAAGAAUGGAGAAGGUCUAAGUGACCCUGUCCCUAAAAGGAAAAAUGGUAGACCAAAGGGAGAUGGGGGAGGGAAUUUAGCUGUGAACAUUGCAAAGACACAAAGGAAAGUAGAUAAGGGAAAGAAGAAAGUUGUUGAGGGCACAUCAAAAGAAGCAAAUGAGGGACAGAAUAAAGUUGUUGAUUACACAUCAAAAGAAGCAAGUGAGGGAAAGAUGAAAGCUGCUGAGGGCACAUCAAAAGAAGCAGGUACGAUGAUAGAUGUUGAUCAGUCAAUUUCUCCUUUGAAGAGAAUGAAGAUGAUGGAAAGGAGGGGAGGUAAGAUCAAAUAUGUAGGGAGAAUAGGGGCUAUGCAUGGUAGUAUAAGUCAAACUGUGGCAGGUGUUGAUGAAGCUGUACUUACCUGCCAUGAAAAGCUUGACCAUGACGAUUUUGAAACUAUUAAAGAUCUGCAGGCAUCUGGAUAUGAUCAUGGGGAAAUUGUUGAAGCUUUUAAUAAGAGUAGAACAAACAUAACUGGUGGAAACGACGAUGAUGAAGUCAGACGCUUCGAUUUUAAUUUUGGGGUUCUCCCGAUUCUGGAUUGAACGAAGACGAUGAAGUAAAUGCUUCAUGGGUUUCUUCGAUUCUUGGACGGUUGCUGAUGUUUAAGACUUCAUCUUUGUUGUCAGAAUUAACUGUAGAUCUGGGACAAUGGAUGGCGUUAAACAAGUUCAAGAUUGAAGAACAAUGUUGACUGGUUUUAC